AUGAUAGGAACUUCAAAUGACUCACUGGUGACCAAAUUCAUCCUGAUCGGAUUAUCAGAAUAUCCCAAAGCUCAGAUUAUUCUCUUUUGGUUCCUCUUGAUGGUGUAUCUCAUUAGCAUUCUUGGCAAUGGAGUCAUCAUCAUAUUGAUCAUUGCUGACCGCCAACUUCAUACCCCCAUGUAUUUCUUCAUCUGUGUCCUUUCCACAAUAGACUUUAUUCUUACCAACAAUGCAGUUCCUGAGAUUUUAGUGAACUGCUUCAUCUACAGGCCCACAAUUUCUUUCUCUAGAUGUUUGGUCCAAAUGUACAUGGGUGUAUUUCUGGUUGUAACAGAGUGCAUCAUUUUGGCAGUCAUGGCAUAUGAUCGCUUGGCAGCUGUAUGCCAGCCGUUAUACUACACGCAGAUCAUGAGUUGGAAAUUAUGCUUUUAUCUAGUAGCCAUGACAGUGGCCUUUUCCUUCAUGAUGACACUGGUCAUGGUGUCCUUGCAGCCCACCAACUUCUGUGGCCAUCACACCAUCAACCAUUUUGCAUGUGAACUGCAAUCUUUACUCAAACUGGCUUGUUCCAACAGAGUCAGUGAGCUCUUUAUGCAUAUCUCCAGCUUCUUUCUGGUAUUCCCUCCCUUUGGCUUCAUAGUUGUGACAUACAUCCGCAUAGGCCUGGCUAUACGACAUAUCAGCUCUACCCAGGGACGCAGAAAAGUCUUCUCCACCUGUAGUUCUCACCUUGCUGUGGUCAGUGUCUUUUAUGGAACAAUUAUGAUCAUGUACUUGAAACCCGAAGAGAAAUCUGUUUCUGAAAAAGACAAGGUCAUAUCUUUAACAUACGGGGCUCUGACUCCCAUGCUCAAUCCUCUGAUCUACAGCCUGAGAAACAAGGAUGUCAAGGGGGCAUUUUGGAAGCUGAUUCAAAGAAAAACCUUAAUGUAAUGUACACGUAUGCUCACCAUGUCCCAUGUAGGUUUUUACUGCUGACAAUCUCUACUAACCUUUUAAAAAGGAAUUUAAUAACCAGCAUUACGACUCCUAGUAAACCGACGAGGGCAUAAGCAAUACUGAUUUUUAAGGAGGAAUGUAUUAGGACUUCAAGAACUAGAAUUCAAAAUGCUUUGGCAGAAUAUCAAGUUGGGGAAUAUAUUCACAAAGAAGCUGAGAAUUUUAGGUGCCAAAAUACACCCCUAAAUACACCAUUCUUUCAACUUACUGAUGUAUGGGCUUCUCUACAAGUAUAUACCGUAAUACUUUUUUAAAAAUACUUGCUAUCCCACAGAUAAUAGAUGCUCACAAACAAGGCAUUCAUCAAUAAAAUGAUCCAUGAUUUUUUAACCAAAAUACCUGUGCUAGAAACUAAUGAGAAGGUGGAUUCCGAAGAGGGAGGGGCCGUAUUUCAUAGGAAUAAGAGGUGAUUCAGUCCAGAUAUUCUGUAUGAGAGAAAAAUGUGGGGAAGACAGCCUUAAUAGUUUACUUAAUAGUUUUCAAACUACAUUGUAGAAGUUGAUAGUAGCAUUUUUAAUACGAAAUAUUUUGUCUGUAGGUGUGAAACAAUAAAGAAAUUGCCGGCAAAAAUUACCAUGUGUUAUCCUUGAUUUUGAGCCUGACAUUUUCAUGAAUAACCAGUUUAGUCUCACAAUUAAGGCACCAGGCUAGAAGGCAGGGGACUGUGAGUUCAAGUCCUGCCAUAGCCAUGAAAGCCAGCUGGGUGGGUUUG